CCUCCGAAUUGGCCUUUCCGGCAAAACGUACCGAGACGUACCCCUUCGCUCGUUGCCUUGAUCCCCGCGUCCUCGAGAAAAAAAGAAAAGGAGGGAGACGAACGGAACAGAGCGGCGACCACCAGGGACCUCGGCGGCGGCCACACCCAGGUGGACCGCCCUUUCUAAAAUACCUAGACUCGGCUACCGGAGAGCGGAACUGUGCCCGCGAGAUGGGAAUGGAGGAGUCUGCGGGGGGCGCCGCGAGGCAGGCGAAGGAGUCGCUGGAGCUGGCGUUCCAGAUGUCCCAGAUCCUGGACACCGGCCUCGACCGCCACACCCUCUCGCUGCUCAUGGCGCUCUGCGACCGCGGCGCCAACCCGGAGGCUCUCGCCGCCCUGGUCCGCGAGCUGUCCUCCACUGCUCCCCCGUCCGCCGCUGCCCCCACCGCGCCCGCCUCCAACGCCGUGGCGGCACCGACCGCCCCCUCGCUGUUCCCCUCCGGCUUUCGGCAGCUCUAGGCUAGGGUUCGUGCCCUCGACCCCUUCUUCUUUUUCCUCACGGAUGACACCGCUUGCCACUUGAUCGCGUUGUAUGUGUGCACUUAGGUCUUCCAUUCUGUAGGCUGAAACUGGUUCGUGAUUUGUAUUCUCAAGAUUAGUAAUGCAAGGGGGUCUGUGUCAAACUCUGUCACAUUCUAGCAAAUGAUUUUCUCUUCUGUUGGCUGAAAUCGCUUCCUGGUUUGUAUCCUCAAUAUUGAUAAUGCAAUGGAGUCUGUGUCAAAUUCUGUUA